AUGGAGAUGCGUACCCUGUCGCAGUGUCUUCGAUCGGCUGCCCGGCCGACGACGACGACGACGACGACAUCCCUUCUGUACACGAAGCAAUUCGCCAGACAGUCCCUCCCAGCGAUCCGUUACAACUCCUCCUCUUCGUCGUCGUCGUCGUCGUCAUCGUCCUCAUCAUCCUCCUCUUCCUCAUCUUCGCCCGCUUCACCCUCCACGCCGUCGACCACAUCCAAAUCCGCAUCCGCCUUCCCCCCGGCCUCACAAUUCGCCUUCCCGAACCGCAAACCGCAAGGAGCCUUCGGCGGCGGCGGCGUCUCUUCAUCGCCCAAGCCCACCGCUCACAACUCCAGCGCCGAUACGGCCUUCGACGAGAUCUUCAGCAAGCUCCGACUGGGCGGCCGCCACGCGCCGUCGAACGAUCCCUCCGCCCCGGGCGCCGGCCCGCUUGCCAGGCUCUCGGCGCAGGAGAACUCGCGCGUGGCUCCGAAGGUCAAUUUGAAGCUGGGGCCCGCCCUCGGCCGGCAGAUCUUCAUCGAGCCCGACCGCGGCAACGAUCUGUCGUCCGCGUUGCGGAUGCUGGCCGCCCGCCUGGGCCAAUCCAAGUUGAGGAAAAUGGUCAAGGAUCAGAAGUUCCACGUCCGGAAGGGACAGCUGCGCAAGGAGAAGCGGAGUGCUCGGUGGAGGAAGCUGUUCAAGUUUUCGUUCCAGGACACCCUGCGGCGGGUUGAGAAGAUGAGAGCUCAGGGUUGGUAA